GCAAUGGUUGGGUGGUUUUAGAGGGUUUUGCAAUCAGAGAGAAGAGAAAUAGAGCGAGGAAUUUUUUCAGAGAGAGAAAAAUGGAAAUGCAUAGCAUUUGAAACUACGUUUUCUCGAGAAAAUAUGGGAUAGAAAAUGAGAGAAUCCUGGGGAAACUGUGGUGUGAGGGGAAGGAGAAUUGUGUUUUCUUCUUUGAUCUUUGCAUUUGCUUCCAAAUCCUGAGAAUUUCACUGCAAUUUCGCCUUGUACGGGAAAAGGUUUGCACUUUGAACAGAACAACCGUUGCUAAGAGUCUCUGUUUCUGUAUCUCUGGACUCUAUAUGGAUUGAAUUGGGCUGCAAGGAGAUGAUCAGAAGUCUCAAUUCUGAUUGGAAGUUUUGCAAAUCCCAAUUCCCUAGUGCCAUUUCAUUAUCAAAAGCAAGACUUUGGUUGUCGCAGCCAACUAAGCAGUGGCCUUUGAUAUAAUGGUUCUUCUUGCUCGGUUCUGUGAGCUCAAGUGGUUAUAAAGAUUUGCAUGCAUUUCAAAAUUAGAACCUCAAAUGCUGUUUUUUCUGCGUAUGAUGUGUCCUUUGUGGUAUGAUCUCUGAGAUAUGGUGUUGCAGAAAAGGUUAGACUACGGAUUCAAUGGCUAUCAGGUUCCUCCCACACCCCGAGCUACCAGAUCAGCUAGGAGAAGGGGCUCCUUUAAGAAGGAAAUUGGCGAGAACCAAAUGUGUGCAUUUGACUUAUUGGCCAUUGUAGCUGGAAACUUAUUGCUUGAGAAAGAAAGCACUCCCAGUUCUAGUGAUGCGUCAGCUGGGAAAGAUCACUGUACGGUUGUCAAUAAUACUAUUAAAAAUGAAUGGCAAGAUGAACAAAAAAAUAUGAAAGUUGAAGCUCAUGAUCAAGGAAGCCCUGCUAGGAGCUUCUUUGUUUCAGGGCUUGUCUCACAAGAUAAUGAUCAAAAUCAUUGUUCCAAAGGAUCAUUGUAUGCUCAGAAUGAUCACAAUUUAGAAUUAUCUUCUACAGAAGUGACUUCUGAGUGUGCAAAGAGGUUUGAUUCUGAGGAGUUGGUGAACAGCAAAAGCAAGAAUGAAAUAAGAACUUUUGCUAGCAAGGUAGAGGGAGGGUCCUCUGGGUAUAGGGAGUUUAAUGACUGUAAACUAGAGGGUGAAACUAAAAACCUAAUAAAUGAUGGGUCCUGUAAAUCUGGGAAGAUGCAAAAUGGCACUGUGGCUAACACGUGCAGCUUUGAGGAUCCAGUGGUCUGGGAUGGAAAACCUCAUGCACUUGUCAGUUCAGACAGUAGUGCCAAGGUACCUUUGUGUGGGAACAACAUUUCCCAUAGUUCUUACCCUACAAAUGGGGAUAAUCUAAAUGUAGAUAGUAGAGAUGAUGACGAAAACUCUUCUGGGUGUACUCACCCUCGCACCACAAAAAAAUUCUUUAGGCCAGCGCCACGUAUUGGAGAUCGAAGAAUAAGGAAAAUAUUGGCUUCUAAAUACUGGAAAGUAGCUCCAAGAUUGAAGGAUGUGACACUUUCUAACACUGAUGGUGCUGAUUCUAAGUCUCUUUACCACAAGAGGAAGAACUACUACAAAUAUCAGAGGUCUGAAAGGUUAUAUCCUUUCAAAAAGAGGAAACACUUUGCCUAUGCUUCACAAUCAAAUUCUGAAGGAGGGAUUAGUAAUGAGUUUAUUUGCAAUUCACCCCAAAAGGGUAAUGAUGGUGAUGCUUCUGCUUCCGGUAGAAAGAAGCAUGGAGUUAUUGGUGCCUCAUCUUCUGUUGCAGGUCAACACAAUUCAUUCCGACCUAGGGAUUCUCACGUGAAGCUUAGGAUAAAGUCUUUUAAGGUACCAGAGCUAUUUAUUGAGAUUCCAGAAAGUGCAACUGUUGGCUUAUUGAAGAGGACUGUUAUGGAGGCUGUGACUGCUAUACUUGGAGGUGGAUUACAUGUUGGUGUACUUCUUCAGGGAAAGAAGGUUCGUGAUGACAAUAAAACUUUACUGCAGACUGGAAUUUGUCACAAUAUUCAAUUGGAUGCUUUGGGUUUUAGCCUAGAGCCAAAUUCUUCUCGAACUCCCCCUUCUUUGAGCCCUGGAGAUUCUCCCUUUCUGGUUGACACACCACAGCCUGUAAGCAGGUAUCCACCUGCUCCAAGUUUGGUACAGCAGAUCGCUUGUGCUGCUUCUCCUGAGCCUCAUGGGACUAAUUUAGGGAAUUUAAUUGAAAGUGACCAUGAUUCAGCACCCUCUCCUACAGAUAUUGACAAAAGCACUGAUUCAAAAGCUUUGGUUCCUGUGCCAGAAAUGAAUAUAGAGGCACUAGCUGUGGUUCCGGCACACCGGAAAUCCAAGCGAUCUGAGAUUGUGCAGCGCCGAAUUCGUCGACCUUUCUCUGUUGCUGAAGUUGAAGCCUUGGUGCAAGCAGUUGAGAAACUUGGAACUGGAAGGUGGCGUGAUGUCAAACUGCGAGCUUUUGAUAAUGCGAAGCACCGAACUUAUGUGGAUCUGAAGGAUAAAUGGAAAACACUUGUGCACACGGCAAGAAUAUCCCCUCAACAAAGGAGGGGAGAGCCUGUGCCCCAGGAGCUCUUGGACAGGGUCCUUACUGCACAUGCUUUCUGGUCCCAGCAACAAGCCAAGCAACAGCACAAACAGCAGCAACAGCCAGAGACUUGCCUUCUCCUCUGAGGAAAAACAUAGACUAGUGGGUUUAGAGAAGGAUUUCUGUGUAUUCUUGUUAUUAUUGUGUAAAAAGUUGAUGACGAAAAAGGGUGAAAAACAGAAGCCUUGAAGAAUUCUUAUGUAAUAUUUUCUGGCUCUCGCUGUGAUUCUUUUCCUUCGUGGAGAGGUAUGGCACUUGUAAAUGGUGAUGGAAUAAGAGCUUUGCUAACGGGGUUCAUUUCACAAAAA